UGCUUCAAAUACAGACACCACCACCACUUUAUUAUUUAAUUACUAACACUUCAUCAUCAGACCUUUUUUAGCAAAAUUCCAAACUUGCUCAAUACGUGGUUUUCUCUCAUUGGUUAUUAUAAAAGUGAUUAGCACUAAAUUAAAUAAAUUAAUACUCAGAGACGAAACCUCGCCAGGCUCAAACCCAAGCCCCGUGAAGAGAGAGAGAGAUGACGCUGGGUCUGAUCAAUGCGAACCCAGUUGUUCACGCCAAGAAGGAAAGAGUAGCUCGAACUGAAGAUCCCCAUGCCGAUGAUGAUGCAGUUGAUCCCCUCGAAAUCUAUGAUUUCGUGAGAGAUAUUAGAGAUCCGGAGCAUCCAUAUUCGUUGGAACAGCUUAGUGUGCUUUCAGAGGAAUCGAUUACCGUUGAUGAUAAACUCGGUCGAAUUCUGAUAACUUUUACGCCAACCAUUCAACAUUGUAGUAUGGCAACAGUGAUUGGUUUGUGCCUUCGAGUUAAACUAAAGCAUUAUUUUCCACCACAUUAUAAGGUUGACAUUAAGGUGUCUCCAGGAUCUCAUGCAAAUGAAGACUCAGUAAAUAAGCAGUUAAAUGAUAAAGAAAGAGUAGCUGCAGCUCUGGAGAAUCCUAAUAUUUGCCAACUUGUGGAUGAGUGCCUUUAUUCCAAUGAACUCUGAUCAAGUAACCAUCUGUUACUCCUGUACAUGAGAACAUUAGUGGCCAUCAAUAAGAAACCACCUUUGUUAUCUUAUAAUUAUAUAAUUUUGGCUUUUUGUUCCUUAGAUAUAUUUGACUUUUUUUUUCCUUUUUUUAUGAGUAGCCUUACUGAAUAUUGCUCCACAUAAAUUUUCUCAAUAUAUACGCAACAAUUUGCUGAAA